AAUCCCCAGAGAGUAAGGGCUGCGUCUUUGUUACACUGAACCAGGUUUAACAGAGCCGGAAGAGGCUCCAUGUUUGGCUGAAGGAAUGAAUGGGGAUAACUUUCCUCCUAUCCCCUCCUCGGUUGAUGGGAAAGGUAUUGGAACUACUAAUAAGCCAGGCAGAAGCACAAAUGAGGAGACUGGACCUCCUUUCACUGGCUGAGCAUAUUCUGUACUACCCAUUAGAAUUUUUAGAUCCUAUGUUAUAUCAGUUGUUAACACUAUGAAUAAUGUAUGUUAAAGGAAGCAACAUAAAAGCAAGCAGAGAAGUGAACAGCCGACUGGCAUCUUUGUUGUUAACACGGAUGCUCCCCCUACUGUCCAAUGGUAGCGGCUCAGAGUCUUCCGCUGAUGUCAGAACCAGUAAGGUCCGUGCCCAUUGGAUCCUCUUGUUGAUGAAGAUAUUGCAACCAGGAUUGCAAACAGCACCCCAGAAGCCUGCCUUAUGCCCUCUUCUAAUCACUACCUCCCAAACGGCUUGCUCUUGUGAAACACUAGUCUCCUCUCUGGUCAGAGAACAAAACAGAGACACAGUGGAAGCCAUGGUCAGAAGGCAGAGGCCGAGGAGGCUGGCCUGUUUGGCCUUGAUGGCUGUGCUCUUGGCAGACCUGUUGGCACUGAGUGACACGCUGGCAGUGAUGUCUGUGGACCUGGGCAGUGAGUCCAUGAAGGUGGCCAUCGUCAAACCUGGAGUGCCCAUGGAGAUUGUCUUGAACAAGGAAUCCCGGAGGAAAACCCCAGUGACUGUGACUCUGAAAGAAAAUGAAAGAUUCUUUGGAGACAGUGCAGCAAGCAUGGCCAUCAAGAAUCCAAAGGCUACACUGCGUUACUUCCAGCAUCUCCUGGGGAAGCAGGAGAAUAACCCCCAUGUGGCCCUUUACAGAGCACGCUUCCCAGAGCAUGAGCUGGGCUUUGACCCACAGAGGCAGACUGUAUACUUCCAGAUCAGCCCGCAGCUGCAGUUCUCGCCUGAGGAGGUACUUAGCAUGCUUCUCAAUUACUCCCGUUCCCUGGCUGAAGAUUUUGCAGAGCAGCCCAUCAAGGAUGCAGUGAUCACCGUGCCGGCCUUCUUCAAUCAGGCCGAGCGCCGAGCGGUGCUGCAGGCCGCUCGCAUGGCCGGCCUCAAAGUGCUGCAGCUCAUCAACGACAACACUGCCACUGCCCUCAGCUACGGGGUCUUCCGCCGGAAGGACAUCAACACCACUGCGCAGAAUAUUAUGUUCUAUGACAUGGGCUCAGGCAGCACCGUGUGCACCAUCGUGACCUACCAGACAGUGAAGACUAAGGAUGCGGGGUUGCAGCCACAGCUACAGAUCCGGGGAGUCGGGUUUGACCGCACCCUGGGGGGCCUGGAGAUGGAGCUCCGGCUGCGUGAACACCUGGCUGGGCUUUUCAAUGAGCAGCGCAAGGGGCAGGGCACAAAGGACGUGCGGGAGAACCCCCGCGCCAUGGCCAAGCUGCUGCGUGAGGCCAAUCGACUAAAGACUGUCCUGAGUGCCAACGCGGACCACAUGGCACAGAUUGAAGGCCUGAUGGACGAUGUGGACUUCAAGGCCAAGGUGACUCGGGCAGAGUUUGAAGAAUUGUGUGCAGACUUAUUUGAGCGGGUGCCCAGGCCUGUGCAGCAGGCCCUCCAGAGCGCCCAGAUGAAUCUGGAUGAAAUUGAGCAGGUGAUCCUGGUGGGUGGUGCCACUCGGGUCCCCAAAGUUCAGGAAGUGCUGCUGAAGGCUGUGGGCAAGGAGGAGCUAGGAAAGAACAUCAAUGCAGACGAAGCCGCCGCUAUGGGGGCCGUGUACCAGGCCGCAGCGCUCAGCAAGGCCUUCAAGGUGAAGCCGUUUGUAGUCCGAGACGCAGUGAUCUACCCUAUCCUGGUGGAGUUCACGAGGGAGGUCGAGGAAGAGCCUGGGGUUCGCAGCCUGAAGCACAACAAGCGUGUCCUCUUCUCCCGGAUGGGGCCCUACCCUCAGCGCAAAGUCAUCACCUUUAACCGCUACAGCCACGACUUCAACUUCCACAUCAACUAUGGUGACCUGGGCUUCCUGGGGCCUGAGGAUCUUCGGGUAUUUGGCUCCCAGAAUCUGACUACAGUGAAGCUAAAAGGCGUGGGUGAGAGCUUCAAGAAGUAUCCUGACUAUGAGUCCAAGGGCAUCAAGGCUCACUUCAACCUGGAUGAGAGUGGCGUGCUCAGCUUGGACAGGGUGGAGUCUGUGUUUGAGACCCUGGUGGAGGACAGCCCAGAAGAGGAAUCUACUUUGACCAAACUUGGCAACACCAUCUCCAGCCUGUUUGGAGGUGGUUCUACACCAGAUACUAAAGAGAAUGGGACCGACACCGUCCAGGAGGAGGAGGAAGGCCCUGCUGAGGGCAGCAAGGAUGAGCCUGGGGAGCAAGCAGAGCUCAAGGAGGAAGCAGAGGCCCGGGCAGAGGACACCUCUCCGCCCCCACCCUCUGAGCCUAAGGGGGAUGCAGCCCCUGAGGGAGAAAAGGCCACAGAGAAAGACAGUGGGGAAAAGCCAGAGGCCCAGAAGCCGAGUGAGAAGGGGGAGGUGGGGUCUGAGGGUGUCCCUCCAGCCCCAGAGGAAGGAAAGAAGCAGAAGCCAGCCCGGAAGCAGAAAAUGGUGGAGGAGAUCGGGGUGGAGCUGGUCGUUCUGGACCUGCCUGACUUGACCGAGGAUGAGCUGGCCCACUCGGCUCAGAAACUCCAGGACUUGACGCUGCGGGACCUAGAGAAGCAGGAACGGGAGAAAGCGGCUAAUAGCUUAGAAGCGUUCAUCUUUGAGACCCAGGACAAGCUGUACCAGUCUGAGUACCAGGAAGUGUCCACUGAGGAGCAGCGUGAGGACAUCUCUGGGAGACUCAGCGCCACAUCCACCUGGCUGGAAGAUGAGGGCUUUGGGGCCACCACAGUGAUGUUGAAGGAGAAGCUGGCUGAGCUGAAGAAGCUGUGCCAAGGGUUGUUUUUCCGGGUGGAAGAGCGCAAGAAGUGGCCUGAACGGCUCUCUGCCCUUGAUAAUCUCCUCAACCAUUCCAGCAUGUUCCUCAAAGGGGCCCGGCUCAUCCCAGAGAUGGACCAGAUCUUCACGGAGGUGGAGAUGACAACGUUAGAGAAAGUCAUCAACGAGACCUGGGCCUGGAAGAAUGCAACCGUGGCCGAGCAGGCCAAGCUUCCCGCCACAGAGAAGCCCGUGUUGCUCUCAAAAGACAUUGAGGCUAAGAUGAUGGCCCUGGACCGUGAGGUGCAGUAUCUGCUCAAUAAGGCCAAGUUUGCCAAGCCCCGGCCCCGGCCCAAGGACAAGAAUGGAACCCGGGCAGAGCCUCCCCUCAACGCCAGUACCAGUGACCAGGGGGAGAAGGUCAUUCCUCCACCAGGCCAGACUGAAGAUGCAAAGCCUGUUUCAGAACCUGAGAAAGAGACUCGAUCUGAAUCAGCAGACUCUGAACCUCUGGAGUUAGGUGGUCCCGGAGCAGAAUCCGAACAGAAGGAGCAGCCAACAGGACAGAAGCGAACUUUGAAGAACGAUGAACUAUAACCCCCACCUCCCAGUUCCCCACUUGUCCCGGCCCCCCCCCCCCACCUCUAUUUAUUGAACACCGAGGGUUGGGGGAGGGGUUGGUCCUGCCCUCAGAGGGUUCUGUUCCUCUUCUCUCACCUGCCAUUGGAGGCGUGGAGAAGGGGAAGGGACAGCUCACCAGUUCCUUCUGGAGUAGUACUGUGGUUAAAGAAAUGUUCUGUUCCCCAAUCCCACCCCCUGGUUCCCUACCCAUCCAGGCCCUAAUUUGGGAAAAAUCACUAUUAUGUCUUAAUUCUUUGCCUGUGGGUAGGUGAGAGAAUGGCCGUCAGUGGUUGGUUGACAGACCUGGUGGUGAGAAGGGCGUCCUGGGAUAUUAGAGAGUUUUCAGUCUUCUCUGGUUGUCCUUCCUUCCCUCCAACCCUCCCUCCCUCUUCCACCACAAGGUCAACGCCACAUGGGCCAGUGUCUGCAGAGCCUUGGUUACCAGGUUGGUUUCUGGGUACCUGUCUGUGCCCUUGCCUCCUCCAAGGUCUUCUCUUUCCCUAAAAUCCCAGUCCCCAUUGCUUCCUCCCAUGGGUCUCCUUGGCUUCCUCUUGCAAGUUGGGCAGUUCUCUGCCUCUUGCCCAGAGCCUUUCCAUCUGAACUGGCUGAAGUCAAUCUAGAUCGAUUCCCGCCCACAUGUACAAGCCCUGGUGGCAGGGAUAAAAAGAAGAGGGAAUCCAGCCACCUCUCCAGGGAGUGAGACCUAUGUGCAAACCCUGUAGCUCCCCCACCUGUGGACUCUUGGGCCUAGGGCAGCCAUGGAGUGGCUGACACAGGAUGCCAGCAUCCUGCAAAGUCCCAGUAGCUUGGUACUCCAUGUCCCUCUACUUCCUACCCUUACUCUCCCCUGUUGUUCUGCCCUCCCAGACAGAGCCUUUCCCUCACCCCCUGGCCCCCUGGGCUGACCAAAAUGUGCUUUCUACUGUGAGCCCCAAUCCCAAGACCCUGGGGGCAGGAGAGACUAUGGUGUGAAUGUAAAAAUGCCACCUCGCUCUCUUGGAGACAGGCCUUGUGGGGAAAGGAAGAGGGCAUGGGCUGGCCUUUCGUGCAUUUCUCUUCUGGGACGGGGGCCCACCACACCGAGGUUGGGCAGCCUGCCCUCCAGGGUCCCAUCUGUAGUAGGAGCCAGGGCCGCCUUCCCAGCUCCCAGAGCAGAGGGGAGCCUGGUUGUGUCUGUCUCUUGUCUUUUUUUCCUCUUUUUUUUUUUUUUUGCCACAUUGGCAGAAAUGAGACCUAAAGGUCCCACCCCGUCCUAUAUGUUUGAGUUGUUUCACUAGCAGUUGAGGCUGGUUGGACAAGUUUGAGUCAAAUUGUACUUUGCUCCAUUGUUAAUUGAGAAACUGUUUCAAUAAAAUAUUCUUUUCUACA